AUGAUUGGUGAGGCUAUUAGAAAUGGUCGCAUAUCUCCGCUGUUGGUUGGAAGAGAUCACAUCGAGUUGUCUCAUCUUCAGUUUGCAGACGAUACUAUACUGUUCUGCCCACCGGAGGAAGAGACCAUCAAGAAUUACAGGAGGCUACUUCGCUGCUUUGAACUAAUGUCAGGUUUAAGCAUCAAUUUCGAUAAAUCUAGCUUGAUUUCUAUUAAUUGUGAAGAGUCGUGGGUACAAGGAAUGUGUGGUGUGCUGGGCUGUAAGGCAGCCUCUCUUCCAGUCAAAUAUCUGGGAAUCUCACUAGGAGCAAAUCCAAGGCUGGUGAAGACUUGGAAGCCAAUAAUAGACAAAGUGGAGGAAAAACUUAGUCUCUGGAAAGCCAAGGCUCUCAAUAAGGCCGGUAAGUUGGUUCUCAUCAAGUCGGUGUUGAAUAGCCUUCCGGUUUACUAUCUGAGCUUGUAUAAGAUGCCUAAAGGUGUUGCAGAGAAACUGAUCACUUUGCAGAGAAGAUUCCUAUAG